GCGUGUGUUAGAAUAAUGUGGGUAAAUUGGUAAUAUGACGGAUAUCUGUUUUAAUGGGUAAUUCGGAAAUAGAAACGUAACUAACGUAGAGUUUAUCGUGAAAACAAACCAGGCAAGUGAAGUAACACGGCGAUACCAACUGAGCCGGUGACGGAGUUUUCAUACCAAACCAAUCAAAUUCUUCCACGUCAUCACUCCUUUUUCUAUCUUCUCCACGUGUCGUCGGUCACCGUCAACUCACCCUCUUCCGUCAAAAAACGUUACCAAUUUCAUAAAUUUUAAAAUACAAAAACAAAAAUAAUCGAAACAAACCACGAAAAGGCGUCGGUAUAUUCAUUCUCGCCGGCCAAAAAAUUAAUAAUAAAUAUGUUAAAUAAAUUUAAACCCUAACUUCUCUCUCUUUCUCUCUCUCUCUCUAUAACCACUUUCUCUCUCCUUUGUUUUCGGUGAAUCGGCGGUGAGUAGUUAUGGACGACGACGACGAGAUCCAUUCCAAUCCAUCACCGUUGAGCGGAUCUCCGGUGUCAUCACCGGGAGCAAUUGGUAGGAUUUCGGUGACGGUUGCGGCACCGGCGCCGGAAUCUCAUCCGGUGACGAACAGCUAUGCAUUAGCGCUACCGAUUCAGAAUCAGGUAAGAGGAAACAACGGUGGAGGGAGAGAGGAUUGUUGGAGCGAAGGCGCAACGGCGGUUUUGAUCGAAGCGUGGGGAGAGAGGUAUAUGGAAUUGAGCAGAGGAAAUCUGAAGCAAAAGCAUUGGAAAGAGGUGGCGGAGAUCGUUAACGGAAGAGAAGAUUAUAUGAAAGUGCCGAAAACCGAUAUUCAGUGCAAAAAUCGGAUCGAUACAGUUAAGAAGAAGUAUAAAUCGGAGAAAGCUAAGAUCGCCGCCGGAGGUGGCGUCACAACCAGUAAUUGGCCGUUUUAUGACCGAUUAGAUCAGUUGAUUGGACCAACCGCCAAGAUCACCGGUAGCACAUCUGCCGGUAACAGUAAUUUACCACCGCAAAAAGUUCCGUUAGGAAUUCCGGUCGGUCUUCAUGCCGGUGGUGGUGCUAAUCAGUUCAAUUCUCAAAAGAAAAAUAAAAAACCACAGCCACAAGUACAGCCGCAGUUGAAUUACCAGAAGGUUCAACUUCGGCCGCGAGUUGUGGCUGUGGAUUCCGAUAAUUCAUCGGAAAGAGAAGCAUUAUCGCCGGUGUCAAGUGACAGUUUACCACCACCGGAUAGUCAGGAGAGGAAGAGAGCGAAGGUGAUGAAUUCGAAUGCUGCUAAAGGAACAGAAGGAAGAAAGAAAGGUUGGGGAAGUGGUGUGAGGGAAUUGACUCAAGCAAUUGUGAAAUUCGGAGAGGCUUAUGAACAAGCGGAGACAUCGAAGUUGCAGCAGGUGGUGGAGAUGGAGAAGCAGAGGAUGAAGUUUGCUAAGGAUUUGGAGUUGCAGAGAAUGCAGUUUUUCAUGAAAACACAGGUAGAGAUUUCACAGCUUAAGCUUGGAAGAAAAAAUGUUAAUGGCAUUGGUAACACAAGCAAUCAUCAUCACAACAACAAUGAAAAAAACAACAUGAACAACAAUAACCAUAACAAUAAUAGUGACAGUGAAUGAGUGAGUGAUAAUUAGGUUAAGGUUAGAUUCAAAUUCCCCAAUUAGUCUUUGUGUGAAGACUAGUGUAUGUUGUUGUUGUGUUUAGUUAUUAUGGAUUAAGAUUUAUAUGUGCAUUAAUUGUUAUAGUUAACUUAGUGGGAUGUUGUUGCCAAAUAAAACAAGUGUGUUAAAUAAUUUAAUCUCAAUAUAUCAAUGUAACACCAUUCUGAAUUGUUAUUAUUGUAUCAUGAAUCAUAUAAUUGUUGAUAGGCUCUA